AUGGAUCAAAACAACAGGUUAAACGUUGAAGAAGUCACUGCCUUAUUCGAUGAAGUCGACUUUCUGGAGGCUGAUGUUUUUAUUCAACCGCCUGAAAACCCUCUAUUGAGUGAUGAGGAUAGCGGUGACGAGGGCGACACCGACUUCACUCACUUCACAGGAAAUCAACUGCGUGGAGCCGCAGAGUUAAAGGCAAAACAGUUCACAAAUGAUGAAAAAUUAAAACAAAAACCGAGUUCCCACAAGUCAAAUGCAAGAAAAAAGACAAAAACAGAUAAACAAAGAACAUGGAAUAAUGUUGACAUUCCUAAUAAGCCUGAGAGGGAAUUUGAAAGGCCUUCGUGGCUCGAAAAAGAUUUCACUCCAACAGAAAUGUUUGAAAAACUUUUAACUAAUGAGAUUAUCGAACAUGUUGUUGAGAGUACUAAUAUUUAUGCCUUGCAAAGUGGUAAUGAAUCUUUUAAUGUUUCAAUAGAAGAAAUGCGCAUAUUCAUGGUAAUAUUGUUUCUGAGUGGAUAUUGUAUUGUACCACAGAAGAGGAUGUACUGGGAAUUAUCUCCGGACACUCAUCAUGACACUGUGUCAAAAGCUAUGAGCAGAAACAAGUUUGAAGAGAUUCUUCGAUAUUUUCAUGUCUGUGAUAAUGCAAAUUUAGAUGUCUCAGAUAAAUUUGCCAAAAUACGUCCUUUGUGGAAUAUGUUGAAUGAACGAUGGCUUCAAGCUUACCCUGGCGAUGCAAAUAUAAGCAUCGACGAAUCAAUGGUUCCAUACUUUGGACGACAUGGUGCUAAACAGCAUAUACACGGGAAACCUAUACGGUUUGUUUACAAAGUUUGGUGUGUAUGUACCCGCCUGGGGUAUUUGAUUCAGGCUGAACCAUACCAAGGUAAGAAAACAGGUAACACCAUCCCUGAAAUUGGAGUGGGUGGUUCAGUUGUAAUAGAUAUCCUUAGUGAGCUGCCUCAAAACAAGACAUACAGUAUUUAUAUGGAUAACUUUUUUACCUCUUUAAAACUACUAGAUUAUUUGUCAGAAAAGGGGCACGAUGCUACAGGCACAAUAAAGGCUAACCGAGUUGAAAAUGCCCCACUCAAGGAAGCAACUGUUUUGAAAAAGGAAUCACGAGGUUCAUACGAUCAACUUACUGAACAAAAAACAGGUAUCACCUUGGUAAGGUAUAAUGACAACAAUGUUGUAACUGUUGCUUCAACAAGAUGUGGCGUACAGCCCAUGGGUAAGGCCAAGAGAUGGUGUCGUGUGGCAAAGCGUCAAGUUGAUGUUCAACAGCCUGCCUGUAUCAUAAAUUACAACACUUACAUGGGUGGGGUUGAUCAACUUGACCAGAUUAUAUCAACCUAUAGAAUUGGCAUUAGAAAUCGGAAAUGGUAUUGGGCACUUCUAGCGUACCUUUUAAAUGCUACAAUGAAUAAUGCUUGGCAAUUAUACAGGCUCACCCCAAAAGGAAGAGAAGAUCCCAAAGACCUACUGUCCUUUAUAAGACAUAUUGUGCAGACAUACUUCCAGAAAUAUACCCCACAACGUCAGAGAGCUUCCCGUGUGUCUGUCACUGGAAAAGAACGGGUUGAAGAAAGUGUGCGGCUUUCCAACAGUCUUCAUGUCCUGGAAACUAACCCGACACAAAUACGAUGUGGCCUCUGUAGAAAGAACACAUGGAAAAAGU